AUGUCAAAGCCCGCCGAUCAUAUCAAGAGACCCAUGAACGCGUUCAUGGUCUGGUCCCGAGGCCAGAGGAGGAAAAUGGCACAGGAGAAUCCCAAAAUGCACAACUCGGAGAUCAGCAAGAGACUGGGCGCCGAGUGGAAGCUGCUGUCAGAGUCUGAGAAGAGACCUUACAUUGACGAGGCCAAGAGGCUGCGGGCUCAGCACAUGAAGGAGCACCCCGACUACAAGUACAGACCCAGGCGCAAGCCCAAAAACCUGCUGAAAAAGGACAGGUACGUUUUCCCUUUGCCUUACCUCGGGGACACCGACCACUUGAAGGGACUUCCCGUGUCUGCCGCGGACUCGCUUCUGGGCUCCUCGGAGAAAGCCCGAGCGUUUCUGCCGCCGACGUCCGCUCCCUACUCCUUCCUCGACCCGAGUCAGUUCAGCUCCAGCGCCAUCCAGAAGAUGACGGAGAUGCCCCACACGUUGAGCACCAGCACUUUGCCGUACGCGUCCUCGUUGGGAUACCAGAACGGCGCGUUCGGCACCCUUGGGUGCCCCAGUCAGCACACCCACACCCACCCGUCGCCCACAAACCCGGGCUAUGUCGUCCCGUGUAACUGCACAGCCUGGUCAGCGUCAAGUUUACAGCCCCCGGUGGCCUACAUUCUUUUUCCAGGUAUGACCAAGACUGGGAUAGACCCAUAUUCAUCCGCACAUGCCACUGCCAUGUAA